ACUGUAGCUCCUCCCCUACCGGCCGACGAGGCAAAGUUUGGCCCUUUUUCGGAGGAGGAGAAGAAGAGGAACAGAGGCCACAAGCAAAACCCAACGCCCACCCCGCCGAGCCAAAUCGUUCAACCAAGUCCUCUCGUCUGCUAUCCAUCCAAUCACCGUGAAAGCAUAUUCAUUUUCACCAAAACGGAACGCAACUGAUCCAUCCAAUCUCCGCUUCGUACAUUGCCUUUGGUGGGGACCUGUUCCUCGCGGGGAGUCAUCGACCCUGUAAGCGAAGACUGCAUAUUGGUACUAUAUUAUCAUAGUACCAUUAAAUCAGCAAUUUCACCCCUGAUAAUCUUCUAGGAACAUGAGUUCUGUCUUCCGUGGGACUAGAUCUGACAUAGAAAGUGGACUUCCAGAGUUCAUUCCCGACCGUCGUGUAUUGCGUGUUCAUGCAGCUCGACCUGUCAGUUCUAACUCCCUCGCGUUUCUUGUUACUGUAAUGCUGUUGUUUAUGAUACUAAACUCGAACCAAAUGUCACCAAAUUUUCUGCUUUGGUUGGUACUCGGGGUAUUUUUAAUGGCCACGACCCUCAGAAUGUAUGCCGCCUGCCAACAGCUUCAGACUCAGGCUCAAGCUCAAGCUGCAGCUGUAAAUGGCCUCCUCAGCCAUACCGAACUGCGGCUUCAUAUGCCCCCUUCGAUAGCCUUGCCCACUCGAGGGCGUCUGCAGGGCCUCAGGCUCCAGCUUGCUCUCCUGGAUCGUGAGUUCGAUGACCUAGAUUAUGAGACUCUAAGGGCGUUGGAUUCUGAUAACGGACCGGCAGCUUCCUCCUUGACUGAAGAAGAAAUUAAUGCCCUUCCAGUUCACAAAUACAAGGUUGCCGGUCCUCACAGUUCUUCCGUUGGCAGUAGCACCUCCUCAGUGCAGCCGGGCUCAUCUUCGCUACCAGCUGAGAAAAAUCAUGUAAAUGGUAGCGGUGCUGGGAGCAUGAAGGCAUCUGAAGAUGAAUUGACUUGCAGCGUUUGCUUGGAGCAAGUGGUUACGGGUGAGCUUAUUAGGAGCUUGCCUUGCCUCCAUCAGUUUCAUGUCAACUGUAUCGAUCCAUGGCUGAGGCAACAAGGGACGUGUCCCAUUUGCAAGUCCAGGGCAGGACUGGGAUGGCACGAGAAUUGAAGCGGAGCUGACGCUUCCUACAUGAUCUAACCGACCUGCAUAAUCCUAAAAACACUAAACUAUAUGCCGUGUUAACUUUAACAGUCCCCUAAUGCAGAAAACAUUUCAGAUGUCUGUCUCAUUAGUAAUAACCAACAGAUUAACUCAAUGGAUGUCGCCAAUUGCCAUCCAUUUGCUCACAGUCAGCAUCAGUGGAAAUCAAGAUCCUGAUAGGGGUCUUUGAUCAGUUUACAAAAUUCACACUGAAAUGAGGAUCCAUCCCCCACAAAACCAGAGCUUCGGAGACUAGGCAGUAUAAAUACGAUUAUAUCAGCCAAAAUAAAUUACUGUUAGUACAGAAAUGCUAUAUGUUGAGAAGCUUGAUUGUGUUUUGUCUCAUGCUAUAUGUAAAUAGUCUAAAGACAUAGCUUUUUAUUUAUUUGGCCUUUCCUUUGCCCUUA